AUGUAUGUAUUAUCUAUCUAUCUAUCUAUCUAUCUAUCUAUCUAUGUAUGUAUGUAUGUAACUAUCUAUCUAUCAAUCUAUCAAUCUAUGUAUGUAUGUAUGUAUGUAACUAUCUAUCUAUCAAUCUAUCAAUCUAUGUAUGUAUGUAUGUAUGUAACUAUCUAUCAAUCUAUCAAUCUAUGUAUGUAUGUAUGUAUGUAUGUAUGUAACUAUCUAUCUAUCAAUCUGUCAAUCUAUGUAUGUAUGUAUGUAUGCAGGUAUGUAACUAUCUAUCUAUCAAUCUAUCAAUCUAUGUAUGUAUGUAUGUAUCUAUCUAUGUAUGUAUCUAUGUAUGUAUGUAUGUAUGUAUGUAUGUAUGUAUGUAUCUAUCUAUCUAUCUAUCUAUCUAUCUAUCUUUUUUCAGAUACAUAUAUACUUAUUUUCUCUUUCAAACCGUCACUUUGCUUUUAUUCCUUUUUCUCCAUUCGCUUCUUACGUUUCUUUACAUUCUGUCUAAUUUUAUUCUUUUUUUAUUUUAAUAUUUUCUCUCUUUAUACUUAUUUCCUUCAGUUCUUUGGUCAAUAUAAUUUUGCCUUCUCCUUUUUAACUCUUCUUUUUUUCACAUAUGUUUUAUUUUCUUAUCUUCCUUCAUGUCCACAUAUAUAUGUUAUAUAUGUUAUCUUUCUUAAUAAUUUUAUUCUAAUAGCUACCAAAAUGUCUUCCUUUCAUUUAUUUCAUAUUUUUCUGUAUUUCUCCUUUAUUUCCAUUCUCUACAAUGGCACUUCUGCUUUCUCAGUUUCCAUCGAUCUAUCAUUGCUUGUUCGGGGGAUGCAUGUCAUCGAUAUCUCUUAA